AUGGUAAAACACAAAGUGGUGUCUCGCCUCGGUCUGAGCUGCAUCGUCCUUCAUCUCCUGUCUGCAGCUGCACUUCCUUUUACCAGGAGGCUCUUUGGCUACAGGUUUGUUCUGCACAACCUCUACUACUGUAAGUUCCCAGAGUACAACUCUUCCAGCUUGUCAAGUAUUUUCUCAUGCGUGGAAAGGAACAACAAAGGUUUGACCAACAUCACUUUGUCACAACAAAGUAUAAAUGGAGGUAUUUCUCACUGCAACACACAUUAGAUGAGGAGGGCUGCCAGAAUGCAAUACCUUCAUUUUGCUUUGGUGUUUCUGUUUGAAAAUGGCCUGCAUGUUUCAUCUCAAUGCACGGCUCAAGUCUCAGAUUUUUACAUGCCUGGGGAUUUCUUGAUAGGUGGACUUUUUGAUAUUCAUUAUGCCCAGGCAGACAAUCACCAUGUCCGACCCGAAGCACUUGAUUGCUCAAGCCAACGUUUUAGUAUCUCAAACUAUCGGAGGUUUCAGCUGAUGAGAUUUGCUGUAGAGGAAAUCAACAACUCAACGAGCCUGCUUCCAAAUGUAACUCUGGGUUACGAGAUGUUUGAUCACUGCUCAGAUACGCGUAGUUUCCCAGGGAUUUUAAAACUCCUCUCAGUCAAUGGUCAGAUCCAGCCUUGGGCUGAACCAUACAGAACACUCUCAAAAGUCAUAGCCGUGGUCGGACCUUUCACAAGCACUCAGGCCUUGACUGUAGCUCCAUUUUUCAUGGUGGAUCUCAUUCCUAUGGUUAAUUAUGGAUCCUCAUCCUCUGUUUUUUCAAAAAAAGCUAAAUUCCCAUCAUUCCUACGAACAGUCCAUCCCAACAGUGAUGUUAUUGAGGUGAUUGUUACCAUUUUGAAGCACUUCAAAUGGCACUGGGUUGCUUUCCUUUACAAUGCUGAUGAUUUUGGUUAUGAUGGCCUAAACAUAUUUAGAAAUCAGAUUACGGACACAGACAUCUGCAUUGCAUACACAAGAGCGCUCAUGACUGGCGAGAAUUUUUCUAGAGUUUUUCAACAAAUUGAAAUGCAGCGCAUUCAUGUUAUCAUUGUUUUUACUGCGGAAAUGGCUGCUGAAGCUCUGAUUAAAUCAGCUAUAAAAUCCAACAUCACAAACAAGGUUUGGAUUGCAAAUGAUGCAUGGUCUUUGAACAAACGGCUGCUUAAAAUGAAAGACAUCAGAAAUAUUGGAACCAUACUUGGUGUGGCUCAGCCGCUAUUAACUAUUCCUGGUUUUGUUGAUUUCAUCCAUUCUAUUGAGAGACAAAGUGAGUGUGGCCACAAUGGACAGCAGAUGCUUUGUAAUCAGGUUUGCAACUGUACUGACUGGAGGGCAAAGGAUGUUCUCGAGGCCGACCCGUCCUUCUCCUUCCCUGUUUAUUCAGCUGUAUAUGCAAUCGCUCAUGCUUUGCACCACAGCUUACAGUGUGGAGAAAGUGGAUGCAAUAACAUUACAGUAUAUCCAAAUAUGGUUCUAGCAGAGCUACAGAAGUCCAAUUUUACACUGCUAAACCGGACUAUUCAGUUUGAUAAAAAUGGCGAUCUCAAGUUCGGACUUUACUUUGUCGUGUUCUGGAACCAUGUUGGUGAUGCACAACAGAUUGGAUUUUAUAAAUUUUACCCAAAAGUCCACUACUACAUCGACAGUGAGGAAAUCAUCUGGUACACAAAUGGAGAAAGCUGUAAGGAGACGGAGUGGUCUAAAGAAGGAAGUACAUCAUGCAACCCACGGCUGGUGGAGUAUGUGUCAUACACAGAGAUGUCGGCUUUGUUGAUCAUGGCUGGAGCCGGCAUCUUAGUGGGCCUCACUGGAGCCAUUUCCGUUCUCUUUGCCUUAAACUAUAACACACCUGUUGUCAGAUCUGCUGGAGGACCAAUGUGCUUCCUGAUUUUAGGUUGCCUCAUUUUGUGUUCUGUUAGUGUGUUCUUUUACUUUGGCAAGCCCACAAAUAUUUCAUGCAUUCUCAGGUACUUUCCUUUUCUGUUGUUUUACACAGUCUGUCUUGCAUGUUUUGUUGUUCGCUCUUUUCAGAUUAUUUUCAUUUUCAAAAUAGCCACAAAGUUUCCCAAACUCCAAAUCUGGUGGAAAAAAUAUCACGGCCAGUGGUUAGUCAUUGCUGGAGCUUUUACAGUUCAGACCCUCCUACUUGCUAUUAGCUUUGCAUAUGAUCCACCCAUAUUGUACAAUGAAACAUCAUGGUACCAAGACCAAAUUGUGCUUUUCUGCACUUUGAAUCUUGAAGCAACCUCUGGCACUUUUGUUUUAGUUGUAGUUUUGAGCUGCCUUUGCUUUAUUUUCUCCUACAUGGGAAAAGACCUCCCCAAGAAUUACAAUGAAGCCAAAUCCAUAACCUUUUGCCUGCUACUGUUUACCGUCACCUGGAUCUUGUUUAUUACCAUCUACAUACUUUACCAUGGGAAGUUCAUCCAAACUUUCAAUGCCCUUGCAGUGCUCUGUAGUCUCUAUUUCUUUUUGCUGUGGUAUUUUCUACCAAAAUGUUACAUCAUAAUUUUUCAGUCUCACAAAAACACACAACAAUACUUCCAGGGUCAGAUUCAAAACUAUACUAAAACAAUAAGUCAGUAGGUUUUCCCAAAAAUAUUCUAGUACUGGUUAAAUAUUUGUAUAAUUUAGCCACCCUUUAUGUAUUUGUUUUAUUUAUUUGCUUAUUUUUCUGAUGGUGGUAUCCUAUUUCAUGAAUAUUGUUUGAAUGAAUUUAGCUGUGGUGCAAUUUUUGGAGACCCCUGUUUGUAAUACUUUGUACCUUCCCAUUUUUCCUGAUGUGACAGAAGCAGACAAAUUAUUUAUAUUUUAAAAAUCUCUUUAGAUCAUCCACAAUCUAGGUCUCUUGCUUAUGGUGCAUUCUCUUCUGAUUCUACCAAAACUUAUAGCUCCUGCGAC